UGGUCUAUAGAGGACCAGGGUAAACCCUGACUUCCGGCGGCGUUUUGAGGCUAUCCUCCUAGCGGCCUGGUAGUGUUUUCGUACUCUCCAGUCUCUUGGUUCUGUUUUUUCCUACGUCCGGUUCUCGCUUGACACUGGCGAAGCGGAAGUCUGUUUCCACUUCUGAGACGCCCCGCGGGCCCCUCUCUAGCUGAGGGCCGGUUCCCGGGAGCAGCGCGUGCACCUCCCUCUCGUCGUCCUCCUCCCGGGGCCAGGCGCGGGGACAGAGAGUCGCCUCCCCAGCUCCUCGGAGCGGAGGCGGCAGUGACACCUAAGGAUUGCGUUUGGGGAGGGUGCUUGGGGAGGAGUAAUACAAAAUGUCAAAAAUUAGGAGGAAGGUCACGGUGGAAAAUACCAAGACCAUCUCUGAUAGCACAUCUCGAAGACCCAGUGUAUUUGAGAGGCUUGGACCAAGCACUGGCAGUACAGCAGAGACACAGUGCCGUAACUGGCUGAAGACUGGCAACUGCCUAUAUGGAAACACGUGUAGAUUCGUACAUGGCCCUUCACCUCGUGGUAAAGGUUAUAGCAGCAAUUAUAGAAGGUCCCCAGAAAGACCCACAGGAGAUCUCAGAGAAAGAAUGAAGAACAAGCGCCAAGAUAUGGAUGCUGAACCCCAGAAACGAAAUACUGAGGAGUCAUCCUCACCUGUUAGGAAAGAAUCUUCAAGAGGGAGGCAUAGGGAAAAAGAAGACAUAAAAAUCACCAAGGAGAGAACUCCAGAAAGUGAAGAAGAAAAUGUAGAAUGGGAAACUACUAGAGAUGAUUCUGAUAAUGGAGAUAUUAAUUAUGAUUAUGUUCAUGAGUUGUCAUUGGAAAUGAAGCGUCAGAAGAUUCAGAGGGAAUUAAUGAAAUUGGAACAAGAAAAUAUGGAGAAGAGAGAAGAAAUUAUCAUUAAAAAGGAGGUGUCACCAGAAGUGGUUAGAUCAAAAUUGUCUCCAUCGCCUUCUCUAAGAAAGUCUAGCAAAUCUCCAAAGCGAAAAUCAAGCCCCAAGUCAUCUUCCGCUAGCAAGAAAGAUAGGAAGACAUCCGCAGUAUCUUCUCCCCUAUUGGAUCAGCAGAGGAACUCAAAGAACAACCAAAGUAAAAAGAAAGGACCACGUACUCCUAGUCCACCCCCUCCUAUACCAGAAGAUAUUGCUCUGGGUAAAAAAUACAAAGAAAAAUAUAAAGUGAAAGACAGGAUAGAAGAAAAACCUAGAGAUGGAAAGGACAGAGGGCGGGAUUUUGAAAGGCAAAGAGAAAAAAGAGAGAAACCAAGAUCUACUUCCCCAUCAGGACAACAUCAUUCUCCUAUAUCUUCUAGACAUCACUCAUCAUCCUCACAAUCAGGAUCAUCUAUUCAAAGACAUUCUCCUUCUCCUCGUCGAAAAAGAACACCUUCACCAUCUUACCAGCGGACUUUAACUCCAUCUUUACGACGUUCUGCUUCUCCUUAUCCUUCACAUUGCUUGUCUUCUCCUCAGCGAAAGCCAAGUCCUUCAAGACAUCGCUCUCCAAUGAGAGAGAAAGGGAGGCAUGAUCAUGAACGAACUUCACAGUCACACGAUCGGCGUCAUGAAAGGAGGGAAGAGACUAGAGGCAAAAGGGAUAGAGAAAAGGACACAAGAGAAGAACGAGAAUAUGAACAGGAUCAGAGCUCUUCUAGAGACCACAGAGAUGAAAGAGAACCUCGAGAUGGUCGAGACCGUCGUGAUACCAGAGACACUAGAGACCGCAGGGAACUCAGAGACUCCAGAGACAUCCGGGACUCAAGGGAGAUGAGGGAUUACAGCAGAGAUAGUAAAGAGAGCCGUGAUCCCAGAGAUUCUCGGUCCACUCGUGAUGCCCAUGACUAUAGGGACCGUGAAGGUCGAGAUACUCAUCGAAAAGAGGAUACAUAUCAGGAAGAAUCACGGAGUUAUGGCAGAAAUCACUUAAGAGAAGAAAGUUCUCGUACUGAAAUAAGGAAUGAUUCCAGAAAUGAGUCUCGAAGUGAAAUUAGGAAUGACCGGAUGGGCAGAAGUAGGGGGAGAGGUCCAGAGUUACCUGAAAAGGGAAGUCGAGGCUCGAGAGGUUCUCAAAUUGAUAGUCACAGUAGUAGUAGCAACUAUCAUGACAGCUGGGAAACUCGGAGUAGCUAUCCUGAAAGAGAUAGAUAUCUGGAAAGAGACAACAGAGAUCAAGCAAGGGAUUCUUCCUUUGAGAGAAGACACGGAGAGAGAGAUCGUCGCGACAACAGAGAUCGAGCUCCUAUGUUCUACACCUCCUGCUGCCCCUAUCCUUUGCCACCAGUGUUCUCAGGUCCUGCUGGGGGGACAGAGAAGAUCAGAGAUCAAAGACCAAGCUCACCAAUUCGACAUCAGGGAAGGAAUGACGAGCUUGAGCGUGAUGAAAGAAGAGAGGAACGAAGAGUAGACAGAGUGGAUGAUAGAAGAGAUGAAAGGGCUAGAGAGAGAGAUAGGGAACGAGACAGGGAGCGGGAGAGAGAGAGGGAACGUGAACGAGAUCGGGAAAGAGAAAAAGAAAGAGAACUAGAAAGAGAGCGUGCUAGGGAACGGGAGAGAGAAAGAGAAAGAGAAAAGGAGAGAGAACGUGAAAGAGAGAGAGACCGCGAUCAUGACCGAGAGAGGGAAAGAGAGAGGGAGCGAGACAGGGAAAAAGAACGGGAGCGAGAAAGAGAAGAAAGAGAGAGGGAGAGAGAGCGAGAACGGGAAAGAGAGAGAGAACGGGAACGAGAAAGAGCAAGAGAAAGGGAUAAAGAACGAGAACGUCAGCGGGAUUGGGAAGAAAAGGACAAGGGACGAGAUGACCGUAGAGAAAAGCGAGAAGAUAUUCGAGAAGAUCGCAAUCCGAGAGAUGGACAUGAUGAGAGAAAAUCAAAGAAGCGCUAUAGAAAUGAAGGGAGUCCCAGUCCUCGGCAGUCACCUAAGCGUCGGCGUGAACAUUCUCCUGACAGUGACACUUACAACAGUGGAGAUGAUAAAAAUGAAAAACACAGACUCUUGAGCCAGGUUGUACGACCUCAAGAAUCUCGCUCUCUCAGCCCAUCACAUCUCCCUGAAGAUAGGCAGAGUAGAUGGAAAGAAGAAGAUCGUAAACCAGAAAGAAAAGAGAGUUCAAGGCGCUAUGAAGAGCAAGAACUCAAAGAGAAAGUUUCUUCUGUAGAAAAGCAGAGAGAACAGACAGAAAUCUUGGAAAGCUCAAGAGCACGUACACAAGACAUGAUUGGCCACCACCAGUCUGAAGAUCGAGACAUAUCUGAUCGAGCUCAUGAGGAAAAUAAGAAAAAAGCAAAAGUUCAGAAGAAACCUAUCAAGAAAAAGAAAGAGGAUGAUAUUGGAAUAGAGAGGAGUAACAUUGAGACAACAUCUGAAGAUGGUCAAGUCUUCUCCCCUAAAAAAGGACAGAAGAAGAAAAAUGUUGAAAAAAAACGUAAAAGAUCCAAAGGUGAUUCUGAUAUUUCUGAUGAAGAAGCAGCCCAGCAAAAUAAGAAGAAAAGAGGGCCACGAACUCCCCCUAUGACAACCAAAGAGGAUUUAGUUGAAAUUUCCAACGAUAAGGAUGGUAUGCUAGAGGAUCCUCAGAAGAAAGAAGAUACAGCCUUUAGUGACUGGUCUGAUGAGGAUGUGCCUGACCGUACAGAGGUGACAGAAUCAGAGCAUGCUGCCUCUGCUGCUACUCCUGGUAGUACCCCUUCUCCUCUAUCUUCUCUUCUCCCUCCUCCACCUCCUUUGGCUAGUGCUAGUACAGCUGCCUCUGCUGCUCUUGCCUCUACUCCUAUUACUGCUGCUACUGCCUCCUCCACCUCCAUUUCCACCUCUGCGAACCCCACCAACACUACCAGUGCUACUUUUGCCAAUGAAGAGUCACACAGAAAAUGCCAUAGGACACGAGUAGAAAAAGUAGAGGCACCUCAUGUAACCAUAGAAGAUACACCACAUCGAAAGCCAGUGGAUCAAAAGAGGAGCAGCAGCCUUGGGAGUAAUCGGAGUAAUCGUAGUCACACCUCUGGCCGUCUGCGCUCUCCAUCCAAUGAUUCUGCGCAUAGAAGUGGGGAUGACCAAGGUAGUCGAAAGAGAGUGCUGCAUAGUGGUUCAAGAGAUAGAGAAAAAACAAAAAGUCUAGAAAUCACAGGAGAGAGAAAAUCUAGGAUUGACCAGUUAAAGCGUGGAGAGCCUAGCCGAAGUACUUCUUCAGAUCGCCAGGAUUCAAGAAGCCAUAGUUCAAGAAGAAGUUCUCCUGAGUCAGAUCGGCAAGUCCAUUCAAGAUCUGGGUCUUUUGAUAGCAGAGAUAGGCUUCAAGAAAGAGAUCGAUAUGAGCAUGAUAGAGAGAGGGAGAGAGAGAGGAGGGAUACAAGGCCAAGAGAAUGGGACCGAGAAGCAGAUAAAGACUGGCCAAGGAACAGAGAUCGAGAUAGAUUGCGGGAACGCGAGAGAGAGCGAGACAAAAGGAGAGACCUGGACAGGGAAAGAGAGAGACUAAUUCCUGAAUCUGUUGAAAGGGACAGAGAUAGAGAUAGAACUUUUGAGAUUUCUUCUCAGAUAGAGUCUGUGAAACGCAGUGAAGCAAAACUGGAGAGUGAACAUGAAAGAGACCUGGAAGCCGCUUCCAGAGACACUCUAACUUUGGAUAAAGAAAGAAUGGAUAAAGAACUGGGAUCUGUGCAAGGAUUUGAAGAUAUGAAUAAAGCUGAGAGAACUGAGAGUGUGGAAGCAGGAGAUGAUGAAUCCAAGUUAGAUGAUGCACAUUCAUUAGGAUCUGGUGCUGGAGAAGGAUAUGAGCCAAUUAGUGAUGAUGAACUAGAUGAAAUUCUGGCAGGUGAUGCAGAAAAGAGAGAGGACCAACAGGAUGAAGAGAAGAUGCCAGAUCCAUUAGAUGUGAUAGAUGUGGAUUGGUCUGGUCUUAUGCCAAAACAUCCAAAAGAACCACGAGAACCUGGGGCUGCACUCUUAAAAUUCACACCUGGAGCUGUUAUGCUAAGAGUUGGAAUUUCUAAAAAGCUGGCAGGUUCUGAGCUCUUUACCAAAGUCAAAGAAACAUGUCAGAGACUUUUAGAAAAACCCAAAGAUGCAGACAAUCUUUUUGAGCAUGAAUUGGGGGCUCUCAACAUGGCUGCAUUACUACGAAAAGAAGAAAGAGCAAGUCUUCUUAGUGAUCUUGGUCCGUGUUGUAAAGCACUGUGCUUCAGACGGGAUUCAGCAAUCCGAAAGCAGCUUGUUAAAAAUGAAAAGGGUACUGUAAAACAAGCUUACACGAAUGAUCCAAUGGUAGACAAUGAAUUAUUACGAUUGAGUCUUCGGUUAUUUAAGCGGAAGACUAUUUGCCAUGCUCCAGGACAUGAAAAGACUGAAGAUAAUAAACUAUCACAGUCCAAUAUCCAACAGGAACUGUGUGUGUCUUAAGACUGAACUUCAGUAUGACAUUUGGUACUAUCUUCCUUCAGCAGUACAUAUUCUUUUUUCAAAGUUCUUUGGUUUGACAAACAUUAUUAGUGACAAAGGCAGAAAAGAUUUAUCAGCCAUGAAGUAAAGAAGAACUUUGACCUUUAGAGACACUAGUUUUGGCUAACUUAAGAUUUUACAUUAAUUUUUAUACAGUACUUGAUACUCAUGCAGAAUAAUGUGAAAGCGUCUAGAUUUAGUAGUCUGUACCUUUUGUUAAAAUCGAAGAUUUUGGAAAAUGGUCGUCACUGGUCUUCCAGCUUAUGAAUAUUUUUUAUGAAAUGGAACCACUGAUUUAUAUUCUGGAUCAUCUAUACAGAAACUAUGAUUUUAUCAGAAACAAUGUUCAUCAAAGUAAUUGCACACAUUGUGCAACACCAUGUCGUACAGAACAUUUGAAAGGGAAUGCUGGUCUAGCAUAGUGUGUUUAUAGACAAAUCUCUAGCAGGAGGAGGAAGCCAAUUUUUUUUUCCUUUUAAAAGUUCUAGAAAAAUUACUUCAUGGGUCUUUGAUUUUUUUUAAUAUGUGUGCAUUGUUUGAGUGUAUAUUGGGUGUCCUUGUAUUCUGAAUGUUUUUUGUUGUUGUUCGUUUUCAGAGACUGUGUAUUAUUUUUAUUUUUAAUAAAUGUACCUUACCUUUUCUUGUUAUA